UAUUGUCUUCUUCACGAGUCUUGUUCCCAAUUCCCAAGACAAAUUGUUUUUUUUUUUCCUUCUUCUUAUGUGACUUCUCAGUUUCUUUAGAAGCCAAAGGAGAAAGAAAGAAGGAGAAAGAAAAGACUCUCUUUGAUCUCUUUCUUCACUAAUCUUUUUUUUACAUAUGGCAGCUGCAGCGGUUGAGCCGGCGGUGACGACGAUGUUCCCUGGCUUCAAAUUCUCUCCGACAGACAUCGAGCUUAUUACUUAUUACUUGAAGAGGAAGAUAGAUGGUUUGGAGAGGUCUGUUGAGAUUAUACCUGAGGUUGAGAUUUACAACUUCGAGCCUUGGGAUUUACCUGAUAAGUCAAUUGUGAAAUCUGACAGCGAAUGGUUCUUUUUUUGUGCUCGUGGUAAGAAGUAUCCCCACGGUUCACAGAAUAGAAGAGCAACCAAGAUGGGAUAUUGGAAAGCCACAGGGAAAGAACGUAAUGUGAAGUCAGGUUCCGAGGUGAUUGGAACUAAGAGAACGCUUGUAUUCCACAUUGGCCGUGCGCCAAAAGGCGGAAGGACCGAAUGGCUUAUGCAUGAGUACUGCAUGAUUGGAGUGUCACUGGUAAACUAUUUUCGGGAUGCUCUAGUUAUUUGCCGACUUAGGAGGAAUACUGAAUUUCAAGGAGCUACAAUUCAAAAGUCACCACAGCCAAAUACAUUACCUGAAAAGCACGUAAACACGCAGAAUGACGCUAUCUCAGAAAGUAUAUCUGAUUGGGAAAAUAUGGUUGAUUUUUACUUGUCAAGUGAGUCAGGGCAGGAACUACUUAGUGAGAUAGCAGAAUCUUCACAAUCUUCACAAAAUCCACAGGUUCCUAGUGAAGAAGAUUUCUAUGCGGAUAUACUGAGGGAUGAAAUAGUAAAGCUAGAUGAUCCAGCGGUCUCCGGUAAUACACUAAUCAAUGUGCCAAGGCUUCAAGCAGAGUCCAACACCACAAGAGUACUGCCUUUACCAAACAUGGUAGACAUACAAAUGCAAUCAUUGCUACAGAAACUGCCAUUACAAAAUGACACUGGAGAAGAGAACAACAUAUCCAUGUCAAAUUGCUUUAUCGGUAUCUACUCGAUUAAGUCUAUAAACCGAGCACGAUGGGACGUUGUAGCUUGGGUGCUGGUCAUGAUAGCCGUGUUGGUGUUUUAUCUAGUGUGAGGUUUAAUGAAAAGAUCUUCUAGGCAUUUUACUUGGUUCUGUUUUGAUGUUGAGAGAAAUGUUUUGUUACUUGUGUUAGGCUUAGCUAGUUUGUGGUAUCAUUCUCUCCAUUAUAUUUAUAUUGUAGUAUCUAUGUGCACCGAGUAUAUCAACAUUAGGCUAUCGAGAGAUAUGUAAUUCUGUUUCAGGCAGAUUUUAUAUCUUUAUAAAAAUUCAUUUUGAACCCA